AUGGCAAGCUAUGCGGAGUUAAAGAAGCGUCGGAGGGAGGACUAUCGCUACAUCUUGAACUAUCGGACGCGAUGGGCCGACAAUGAUAUGUACCAGCACAUGAACAAUAGCGUUUAUAACUUUCUAUACGAUUCGGUUGUCAACACCUACCUGAUUGAGCACUGCAACCUUUCGCCCGCGGGGUCUGAGCAACACGGUGUGGUGGUACACUCGCACAGCGACUACUUUGCUUCCGUCUCCUUUCCCGCGGUUGUCGAGCUGGCCCUAAGAGUGAACAAGCUGGGAAGGUCGAGUGCGACAUACGAGAUUGCCCUCUUUGAGAAGGGGAUCGACCAAGUGAAGGCGGUCGGGGAGUUCGUCCAUGUCUUUGUAGAGACAUCUACCGGUCGCCCAACCACAUCCGGCAUGGCCGACGAAAUGCGGAGAGGGCUGGAGCGAAUUCUGGUGGCGGAAGCCAGGGAAAACAAGCUCUGA